AUGAGUCAAAGAGCUAUAACAAGGACUCUCCUAGGAGGCAGCAGGUCAAUUGGGUUUGGAGUAAGGUACUUUUCUUCGGGACAUGAUCCGAAAGAAACUACCCAUUUUGGUUAUAAAACUGUCGAUAAAGAUGAGAAGGAAAAUUUGGUUAGAGGCGUCUUUUCCUCCGUAGCAUCAAAUUACGAUGUGAUGAACGACUUCAUGUCAAUGGGAAUUCACCGUUUGUGGAAAAACCACUUCAUCAAUAGACUCGAUGCUGGUAUGAGACCUGGUAGCAAUCAGCCAUUGGAAUUCCUUGAUGUGGCAGGUGGUACUGGUGAUAUUGCCUUUGGGCUAUUGGACCAUGCAGCUAGGAGGUUCAAUGACAAGUCUAGUACCAUGACUAUAGCUGAUAUCAAUCCAGACAUGUUGCAUGAAGGUAAGCUCAGAUACGAAAAAAGCAAAUGGAAUGACGGCUCCAACAGAGUUAGUUUUAUUGAGCAAAAUGGAGAGACGAUGGGGGACAUUCCCAGUAAUUCCAAGGAUGUAUAUACCAUAGCAUUUGGCAUUAGAAAUUUCACUAAUAUUCAAGCCGGUUUGGACUCAGCUUAUAGAGUGUUAAAACCCGGUGGAAUAUUUGCUUGUCUAGAGUUCAGUCAAGUUGAGAAUCCUGCGCUUGAUUAUGUAUAUCAAGCGUAUUCAUUUUCUAUACUUCCAUUGCUCGGUCAGUUAGUUGCGAAUGAUAGAGAUUCUUAUCAAUAUUUAGUCGAGAGUAUUCGGAGGUUUCCGAAGCAAGAAGAGUUCAAAUCUAUGAUUGAAAAAGCUGGGUUUUAUGUUCCUGAGCCAGGUUAUGAAAACUUGACGUUCGGUGUCGCUGCAAUCCAUAUUGGUGUUAAGAUCUGA